AUGGGGGGUCAUGGCGGGCUCAACAUUCUCCCCCAAAAGCGAUGGCACCUGUACCGCCACGACAACCGGCUACGUGUACAGCGCGACGAGGAGCGCGAACGCGAGCGGCAAACCCAGAGGAGACACGCGCACGAACAGCGGUCGAUGCUGGACAUUCUGACCCUGUUGAAGAGACGGAAACUGGAGGCCGCCGAGAGUGCGAAGGCGCGAGAUUCGGGAGAAGAGGAAGGCGCUCCAACCUGUGGAAAGAGAGAAGAAACACAGAUCUCACGGGACCGUUUCACAGCGCAAGCCUUGGAGGCAGAGACCGCCACGGCGACUGUCUCCCGCGACGGCCUCUCGACCUCUGCGCGUCUUGCCUUCUCGGAGACGCGACAAACUUUAUGCCCACCUCCUCACGCGUCGUCGUCCCCUUCUCGCUUUCUGCCAGGAAGCAUAGAGAGCGGCGAGAAGGCUGUGGGUAGGUUCCUUUCUGUCGGCGUCGUUUCCGCUGUCAGGCGCCGAGGAGACACUCCGCCUAGGGUUGCGUUCGCAGAUUCCGCACCGUUCUUUGACGGGGACUUUUUCCCGGACGGCUCUCCGGGGGAAGACUGCUCGCGAGACGGCCCAGCCUCAGACCUCUCUGCGGGUCUCGAAGUGGGUGCCUUCUCACAGAAACCGGCGGAAAUCGUUCGAGUUUGCGCACCUGCUUCCUCGUCUUUCUCUUCCGCGGCGUCCUCUUCUUCGAGUAUUAGCAACGGUGGCUUCAGGAGCGCGGCAGCUGAUGGAAGCGUCGUGCCGACGUCUGCGCGUCUGUACACCGCAGGUCGAAACGCGGUCUCUGUGCUGCUUGACCCGGCACAGAACGCGGGCGACCGGGGAGGAGAGGCGAGUGUGGCGCGCCACGUGAAUCUGUUUUCAGCGGAAGAGAAGGAGAUGCACAAACUCGAGGAGCAGAGGAGGAAGUACCUCCAGCAGGCUGGGUAUACACCCGAUUCGAGGAGCGAGUUCGACAGCGUCAUUCGCGAGGCUCUUCAUGCGAAGCCGUGGUACCAUUGCCCUCCCUCCUCGGUGUCUAAGCCCGCAAAGGCGCCGGAAAGCCUCUCAGCAAACCUCUCAGACCACGACGCGCUUAUUCAGUCUCGCCGUGAGCAGGCGAGGGCGAUCGCAGCGGGAGUCGUGGAGAGUGUCUCUCGGCGACUCCAGGCUGCAGGUUUGCCAGGAGCCGACUCGGCGCAUGCAUGCAGCGAAAAAGAACGCGCCAGCGACGCGGAGGGACCGCGGGGGGGUUGCGAGGUCGAGGAAAGCCGCGCACUCAAAGAGAAGAAGCGACUGAAAUUGGAGAGGAAACGCGCCAAGGAGAAGGCGCGAGAGCGAAGGAGACAGAAGGAGAAAAAGGCCAAGCGGAAGGCCAGGGAAGCGAGAGAAAAGAAGGGAGUUCCGGUUUGCGUGGUGAUUUCCGACGAAGAGGCGAGCGUCUUAUCCAUCUCGAGCACCUCGGAGGAAGACGAGCAACGUCGACGCGGGGACACGGAGGAAGAUGACGUGUGCGUGUGUCUCGGAACGCCCGCCGAUUCUUCAGCAGACGAGAGCGACGAGGCUCUUCUCUUUGUCGAGUCUUCUGACGACGUGAAGGCCGACGAGAUGCACGGAGACAGGCGAGGAGAGACAAGAAGUCCAGAACCGGAGGCAGGUCGCGCCGAGCAAAGACCGGAAAAAGACGCGCGACAGGGAUGA